AUAAAUUCAGCAAGAGCAGAGCAAUCAUCAGGUGAUAUGGUAGUGCAGGAAAAUGCAUCUCAUCAAGAUGAGGAAAAGUCACUUCUAGGGGAAAAACCAGAGUGGAAAUGUGAACAAGAUGCAACCAGAGCAGCCUGGCUCUACAAGUCCGAGUUACUUUCAAAGUAUGAGACCAGAAAGGCAGUAGUCCUGCAAAUGGACUUGCGGGAAAGUAUUGUGGAUCAACAGAGGUCACUUAUCUCCCUCUACAAAGCCCCAAAGGUAGAGUGGGUGGGCCCUGUCAGCUGCAAACUGGAAGGGGAUGUUGCUGUUGGAGAAGGGGUGAAGAGAUUCUUCUUCUCAAAGGCAGUUUCUCUAGUACAGUCUGGUUUGCAUUUGAAUUUUGGGAACACAGAUCUUACAAGACUGUUUGACGGUGAGCCAGAACACUUGACUCCAUCCACUUCUCAGACCUUGCUUGAGAGUGACAUGUUUUUGGUGGCAGGAAGAAUAAUGGGACAUUCAUUCAUUCAUGGUGGACCGUGUGUGUCUGGUAUAAGUCCUGCAAUCAUCCAUGUCCUUUUUGGUGGCUCACCUGAAACAGCUACAGAUCAGAUUGAGGAUUGCCCUGAUAUUGAUAUCCGCAGCACUAUUCAGCUGCUUGAUGGCACUGCUGAAUUAACAGAACUGGAACGAAGAAAUGUUCUCGAGCUAGCCCUGGCUUGGGACCUGCCAGGUGUCACACAAACCAAUAGAAAGUGGCUGUAUGAACGUCUGCUAUUCCACGCUGUCAUAACAUGAACAAGCCAUCAAGUCAAGCAGCUGAGGAAAGGGCUUAAGGAGACAAUCGUAUGGCCGCUUCUGACAGAAAGAUCAGACAUCAUUCCUCUUUUCUUACCAAGGGAAUCAGAGACUGCUCCCUGUUGUGAGUCUAUUCUAGAAAGGAUAGUGUGGCCUGCCACAGAAGAUGAAGCUGAGGAGGAAGAGGAAUGCUCUCUUGAGGAUAAAUGCAGAGUGGCAGGUUACCUUCGGUCCUUCAUUGAAAAUGCGUCUUGUGCACAACGAAAAGCCCUCAUCAAGUUUUGGACAGGAUGGGAAGUCUUGCUGAGAGAAAUGACUGUGGAAGUGGUCAACAGCACUCUUCCAAAGUCUUCCACCUGUUUUGAAGUUCUACGUCUUCCUGCACACUACUGUACCUAUGAGUCAUUUCUGAUGGGCAUUGAGGUGUGUCUCAACUCUGACUCAGGUUUUGGUCUGGUUUAGGAUUGAUUCCAUAACCACUUGGUAAGAUAAGACAAUUUUUUCUGUCUUGCAUUAGAUUACUGUACUCAGUGUUCAAAGAAAGUGACAAUUUACUGAGUUCUAGUUCCUUUAAUACACUUUAAAGUGGAAAAAAAUAGUACA